CGUGACAGACUCUUUCAGCAGCCACGAAAAUCGAAUACAUCCACCGUUAUCUCUCCCUUUCAAGCAUAACUUUCACACUUUUAGGUUCCAUUUCCAUAUGAUAGUUUGGUAUGUCAGUUCCUACUURGAUUAUCUGAUUCUCAUGUGAAUAACAAUAUUAUUCAGUUGUGGAUUUAUAGAGAUGGCCGGCCGGACGACUCKAAACGACGGUGAAUCAUCCACAUCGUCGGAGGCGGUGGGGAUUCCCACCGGUUUAAAUCGAAUCAAGACUCGUAUAACUACUACUUCUAACGAUCAUCAUCAUCACCAUCAUCAUCAUGUUCUCACUUCCAAUAGUAAGUCUAUAAACAGUCGUUUCAAGCAGAAUCAUCAGAGGUCUUUUACCAAGGGAUUCGUAAAGCUUCAUUCCUCUAGAGAAGGACUCCGUAAAGGGAAAAAAAUAGCCCAGUGGUUCACAUCUCAUCUUUCCAAGGAUUCUGAUAGAGGUAUCAGAGAUAAACCCCCUGAAGCUGAGAAAAGAAAUGCUGAAGUCAAGGCAUUUGACAAGGAAGCUCUUUCAGGUAAACAACAGAAGGUAGGAAGAGCCACAUUUGGAAAGCAACCUGAAGCAGGAAAUCUAUGUGUUGAUAAAAUGCCGGAAGUGCAGAAAAGCUUUUCGCAUGAACUCGGGCCGAAAGGUGGCAUUAGACCUUCAUAUACUCGAGCUCAUAGCUUUAGCGAUUUGAAGGAACUUUUGAGGUCACUGCGUUCAAGUUUUAAUGCUGCAAAAGAGUUGGUGAACACAGAACUAGCUUGUUUCAAAGCGGAGGUGAUUGAGGUAUCACAGAAGUCUGAUACAUUGUCUUUGGAAGAACGGAGGUCAGUUGAGGAGCUUCUCGUUCUUGCUGCAGGAUGUAUAGAGAUGUCCUGCCAUGAGUUUCGCACCAAAUGUGAGACCAUUGUUCAAGAUUUAACGAGGAAGAGGCAGGAUUGCCAUACAGGGCCAUUGAAAUGGCUUUUUACACGGAUGCUUUUUAUUUUGACUCGUUGCACCAGAUUGUUGCAUUAUGAGAAGCACAGUGAGCAUAUUGAUGAGAUCUCCCUUCUUAAACUGAAAGAAUGUUUGGAAAAAAUUCCUUCUUACGAAAUGAGCUGGCUCCUAAAUUUAGGGAUUGUUGAAUCCAAUUCAGGUGAUGCUUUAAACAAUAAGUUUGACACUGAACAAAAAUUGCUUGUACAAAAGGAGGAAUCCAUUAUGCCUCAAGAAUCUUCUUGUAGGUCUGAGRUACCAGUUGACAUAAGUGAUUCGACAGUAGAAAACCAUGUCUUGGUUACUGAGAGAUGGCCACAUUUUGAAGAUUCCCAAGUUGAUGUUCUCCCAAACAUACAGCAAACUCGAGAGCUAGAAAUGAAUUCGAGCAACAACGAUUUAGUAAUUUGUCGGAUAUGUGAGGAGUCUGUCCCAACUUCUCAUUUGGAGUCUCAUUCUUAUAUAUGUGCUUACGCAGAAAAAUGUGAUAUAAAAGGUUCAGAUGUAAAUGAAAGCCUAUUGGGACUUGCAGAGAUACUUGACCAAAUCAUYGAGUCCUGCACUCUAAGUGUACAUGCUGCAGAUGAUAGCCCUCAAAAUUCACAGAUGCAGAUUUCUAACGCUGCUUCAACUUUUGAUGGUUGCUCUCCCAAAAUAAGCGAGUGGCGAAAUAAAGGUGUCGAAGGAAUGUUUGAGGAUCUUCAUGAAAUGGACACUGCAUGCAUUGAAGACUCAACUCCUGCUAGCUUUGUAAAUCUCAAGGGCUUCCCUGGUGUGAAGUUAAGUCAAUAUGGUCCGCCUUCCUCAACAGGAAGCAUGACAUCAGCCUCCUCCACUAAUACUCCAAGAGCUGCAAAUUUUGACUUCUUCUGGUUAGAGCAUAACGAUCCUUCUGAGUUAGAGGAUGUGCAACAGAUGACUGACCUUAGGGACAUUGCUCGUUCUGCAGCCGAGACAGAUCUUAUGGAAGAAAGUGCACAUGAGGUCUUGCUUACUUGCUUGCAAGACUUGCAGGAUAUUUUACAGCACAGCAAGCUCAAAGCUCUUGUUAUAGAUACAUUUGGGCACCGAAUUGAAAAACUCAUUCGAGAGAAAUACAUAAUUUCCUGUGAAUUAGAGGAUGCCAAUAAAAGAUCAAGUGAUGUUGGGUAUCCUUUUUUGUUGGAUACUGCAUCUCAGAGCAGUUCAGUCUCAACUCCUUCACAUCCUCUACAUAAAGAGCGAACAAGCAUUGAAGAUUUUGAGAUUAUUAAACCAAUCAGCAGAGGAGCUUAUGGUAAAGUAUUUCUUGCACGAAAACGAACAACCGGGGAUUUAUUUGCUAUAAAGAUGCUCAAGAAAAUGGACAUGCUACGAAAAAAUGACAUCGAGAGGAUAGUUGCUGAACGUAACAUAUUGAUCACAGUACGGAACCCAUUUGUGGUUCGUUUUUUCUAUUCAUUUACUAGUAGAGACAACCUUUAUUUAGUCAUGGAGUAUCUCAAUGGAGGUGAUCUAUUCUCUUUGCUAAGAAAUGUCAGCUGCAUUGGGGAGGAUGUUGCACGCAUUUACAUUGCAGAACUGGUUCUUGCUCUUGAAUACCUUCAUUCUCUAGGAAUUGUUCAUCGAGAUCUUAAACCCGACAACAUAUUGAUUGCACAUGAUGGGCAUAUCAAGCUUACAGAUUUUGGGCUGUCUAAAAUUGGCCUUAUGAACAGCACGGGUGAUUUAACUAGACCUGAGUCAAAUGAGGUUAUAGUUUCAAAUGGUCAUUGCCUUGAAAAUGAGUGGAGCAUAGAUAGGAGGGAGCGUUCAGCUGUUGGGACACCAGACUAUUUGGCCCCAGAAAUACUUCUUGGAACUGAGCAUGGUUAUGCUGCUGACUGGUGGUCAGUUGGAGUUAUUCUGUUCGAACUAAUUACUGGAAYCCCACCUUUCAACUCAGACCAUCCAGAGAAAAUAUUCUACAACAUUCUUAAUGCGAAAAUCCCAUGGCCUUCUAUUCCGAAUGAGAUGUCAAAUGAGGCUSAAGACAUGAUUAAUAGGUUUCUUAAUCAUGACCCUAAUCAGCGUCUAGGAGCACAUGGAUCGUCAGAGGUAAAAGCACACCCAUUCUUCAGAGGUGUAAACUGGGAUACCCUUGCUAUGCAAAAGGUCGCUUUUGUACCACAGCCGGAUAGUAUAGAUGAUACCAGUUAUUUUGUUUCACGACAUAGUCGUAGUUCAAGCGGAACACUUGAUGAUCAAGACUGCAGCGAUGCAGCUUCUGACACAACCGAAUUCUGCUCAGACACAAGAGAGAAGAUGGAUGUAUGCGGGGAUCUUGCAGAGUUUGAAGCAUCUCCGUGUGAUGAUCUUUCCUGGAUCAAUUUCUCUUUCAAGAACCUAUCGCAAUUGGCGUCUAUCAAUCAUGACGUGCUUCUACAAAACAGCAAGGAAGUAUCGAGAUGUUCAUCUCCGCACAAUGGUCGAAGCUCGUAGAUUCUCGUGGACGACAAAAUCACAUUGUAGCGUUAGGUGAGCCUUAAAACMCCAAAUGGCGUUUGAUUUCAGUUUCAAGAAUCAGAAGAUAAAGGUAAUCUUAUCUCCCUAAUGUAUCACUGCUUAGAUGUUUCAAAGCCGGUGAUCUUAUAAACUCUUGAAUUUUGUACAACUGCGUUUUGCACAUCAAUUGUUAUUGGUACACUUACUACC